GCCGCAAAUCAGUCACUAUUUUGCAUGCUUCCUCCUCUUUCCCAGAAUCUUGGACGCCCUCACUCAGUCCUUAUCUAAUGAUCAGCGCUUGUAGUCUAUUCAAGUUCGAACGAAGACCCAACAAGCUCGAACAUGUUGCACCAUCCUUGACCAAGGUGACUUUGGCAGCCAUUCCGCCUUAGUGACGGAUUUAGUGGUUGCAUAGCAAUAUGUCCAAUAUCAGCAAAGCCGGCAUCGAAACCACCGCCGACGGUGCAUCCUUUAUUCCUUCUUCACAGCGCGCGGACGGCUCUACCCGAAAAGAGAUCAGGGUGCGGCCAGGUUACCGACCACCCGAAGACAUCGAGACCUAUAAGAAUCGCAGUGCCGAGGCAUGGAAGAGCAGGGGCAAAGGCGGUGUACCCGGAGCCGAACCUGUCUUGCUCGCAAUAGACGACAGUGUGGCGAAGAGCAAGAAUGCCAAGCGAAGGGAGGCUGCCCGUAAGAAAGCCGCCGCAGACAAUGCGGUGGGAGAUGCAGUGGCGGAUGAUCUCACUUCAGCCAUGCAGCAGGCGAACAUCUCCGAAGCAGAUAAGCUCAAAGAGAACUGGCGGGACCCUACUAAGCUACAAGUCAAUGAGACCGCUUCGCAUGAAGCCGAGCUGCAGAAGAAGAUACGGAAUCAACUGAAGAAAUUAAAGGCUGUCCGAGAACUGAAAGAAAAGCGAGCGGCUGGAGAGAAACUGUCGCCGGAGCAGAUCAUGAAGAUCGGUAAGGAACGUGAACUUCUACGUGACCUGAAGAAACUAGGAUAUGAUGGGCCGGAAGUGCAAGCAGAUUUCGUCAAACCUGCGAGUGAUGAGUCGACAUGAUGGGCUACCACACGAAUCUCAAUUUCAAGACCUCUGGACAUUUUGGGGACAAGUGGACCUGGGCGACAAGAGCUUCCAGCAUCCUGCCAGGAUUGACACCGAGCUGCGCUGUCUGGAUGAAGCAACUUACGAAACAGAGCCUGUCAGCAGGAAGCAUCUGGCCAUGAACCCCAGCCUCCAACGGCAUCUGCGAAUAAAGGCGUGAAUGGAAGAAGAGGUGAAGAGUGGACUCUAUCGCCAUCGACCGAAUCUCUCGGCCACAGUCCACUUGGAAGCCGACAAAGGCUCCAAAGAGGGCGAAAGUACGGUCCAUGCUUGUGGGUGUUGUAUUAAAGAUAGCCAGCUAGGUGCCAGCCCGUGCGAGCCUUGUCGGAAACAAGGCAAACGCGAUCCCCGGGUGAUCUUCAGGCGGCCAAGAUCGGAGCUCGAGCGGAGGCAGGUGCGCCGAAGACACGCAUCAAACAACUCCAAUAAAUUCACAAGACAAGCAUAGC